GUUGGGAUUGGGACGGAAAUUUAUUUUUCCAGAAAUUAGAUAUUUCCAUUUCUGCCCUCGUCUAUCUCCUCUACGGCCUACUGAACAGCCUGUUUUUCUCUUCUGAGAAAAAACCUACCAAACUUCUUCUUCCCCCUUUCCGUAUCUGUUCUUCCUUACAGAAACCCACAAAAAUCAUGGCGAUGCUUUCUUGCGGUGGUGUUGGAUAUCUGAGAGCAGAGUCACCAUAAUCCCGGGUUGAGUGAGCUUGAGAGUGGGCGUAUUGUUUUUCCCUUUUUUUGGGUUUUACCAAUGGUGGAUCUGAAGCAGCAGGUUGGAGGGAGCAGAUGGCGGAAGGUGAAAAUGGCAUUAGGCUUUCCGAGCUGUUUCUACGCUCCUCAAACUAGAGAACGAGAAGAACAGGAAGAGGGCGAACGCCGCCGGCCACGGCAGCUGCAUUCCUCAUCAUCACGUCGGUCUGGUAACAUCUCCGGCGCUGCCGCUUCUUCAUCGCCGUCUACCGGGCUGCCUCCGCGGAGCUCCACCAAUCAAACGCCGUCCACCAAUCCCACGCCGUCGUCCUCUUCCGUCCGCCUGUCUAAAUCCGGCCCUCUCUCUAAGUCUGGAAAGAGGACAUGUGCAAUAUGCCUAACCAGUAUGAAGGCAGGACAAGGCCAGGCCAUAUUCACGGCAGAAUGCUCCCAUUCUUUCCACUUCCAGUGCAUUACCUCUAACGUCAAGCACGGGAACCAAAUUUGUCCAGUAUGCCGAGCAAAAUGGACAGAAGUUCCUUUCCAGUCCCCAAACUCCGAUAAUCUCCAUGGAAGACCUAGAAUCAACAGUUUGGGUCGGCCUAGGCAGCCGAAUGAUGACGCUUGGAUGAAUAAUAUAAUAAGACGGGUGCCUCCACCUCGUGCAGAUACCAACCACCACGUUUCAACACAUCGUCUCCACACUCCUGAACCGGCUGCCUAUGAUGAUGAUGAGCCCGUACAAGAUCAUGAUAAUCUCUCAUCUAGCUUUGCUGAGAGAUGUUUGGUGGCAAAUGGUGAUGCAAGUAUUGGUGGAAGAAGAUCAAUGGAGAUAAGAACGUAUCCUGAAUUUCCAGCGGUUUCCAAACUUGCCUCUCAUAAGGAUUUUUCUGUGUUGAUUCAUCUCAAGGCUCCACCUAUGUCGGAAAUAGGGAGGAGAGAUUCUAUAUUGGAAGAAUCUCGUGCUCCGAUUGAUCUUGUUACAGUGCUCGAUACAAGUGGAAGCAUGGCUGGCACAAAGCUUGCAUUGCUGAAACAAGCUAUGGGGUUUGUGAUUCAACAUCUCGGGCCAACUGACCGGCUCUCUGUAAUUGUAUUCUCUUCAUCUGCUCGUCGACUAUUCCCUCUUCGUUGCAUGACUGAGUGCGGAAAGCGGGAGGCAUUACAAGCUAUCAACUAUUUGGUAUCCAAUGGUGGGACUGAUAUUGCUGAAGGGUUAAGGAAAGGUGCCAAGGUGCUCUUGGAUCGCAAGUGGAAGAAUCCAGUUUGCAGCAUCAUUCUACUCUCAGAUGGCCAGGAUACAUAUACUUUUGCCGGUCUUGGUAGAAAAAAGGUUCGCCCAGAUUACAAAUCACUCCUUCCUAGCGUACGGAUUCCGGUACAUACAUUUGGGUUUGGUGUGGAUCAUGAUGCUGCUGCCAUGCAUUCGAUUGCUGAGACAUCAGGUGGAACCUUUUCCUUCAUAGAGGCUGAAGCAAUGAUCCAAGAUGCAUUUGCUCAGUGCAUCGGUGGAUUGUUAAGUGUUGUGGCCCAGGAGUUGCUAGUCAUAGUCAAUUGUGUUGACCCAAGUUUGCAAAUUGAGUCGAUAAAUGCAGGAAGCUACACAAGUAGCAAAUCAGUUGAUGCAAGAACAGGGUCGAUUGAGGUCGGAGAUCUCUAUGCUGAAGAAGAAAGGGAUAUCUUGGUUACAAUGGAUAUUCCAGUGGACAAUCGAUCGGGUAAUGAGUUGUUGUUGCUCCUAGAUGUCCAGUGCAUCUACAAGGAUUCCAUUACCAAGGAAACUGUGAAUUUAGAAGGAUCCGAGCCGGUGAAAAUCCAGAGGCCUGAAGUAGAUGUGGAACUGCAGCAACAAGUGUCCAUCGAAGUGGACAGGCAAAAGAACAGGGUACAUGCGGCCAAAGCUAUGUCUGAAGCUCAAUCCGCAGCUGAGAAUGGCGAUUUGUCUCGAGCUGUUUCCGUGUUGGAGAGUUGUCGAAAGGAAUUAUGCGAGACUGCUUCUGUGAGGGCGGGUGAUAGACCAUGUGGAGCGUUGUGUUCUGAGCUGAGGGAGAUGCAGGAAAGGAUGGCCAACCGUCAAGUGUACGAGACGUCAGGAAGAGCUUAUGUGUUGUCGGGGCUGAGCUCUCACUCAUGGCAGAGAGCAACAACAAGGGGGGAUUCGACAGGCGGGACGAGCUUGGUGCAGUCUUACCAGACUCCUUCAAUGGUGGAUAUGGUAACACGUUCUCAGACCAUGAUCCUGGGGAAUCCAUCAGCAUCUUCUUCUUCUUCGUCAUCUCAGAGAAGGCUACGACCAACACUCUCGUUCCCAGCUACAACAGUGGAGCCGAGGUAACAAGCUAAGCUCUUCUAGCUUGGGAUGUUGGCAUAAGUGAAACCUUUAUUAUUCUUCUGAUCUGGAUUCUUUAACGUUAUAUAGAUAUAACCUUAUGGCUUUUUUCUAUUUGUUCUUUGGGGUUUUUAUUUUUUUUACUUCGAAUUUUGUUGUUCUCUGUGGUGGUGAAUUGGGAACUCGGGGGGAUUGGUGGGAGGAGAGACAGGGCUAGGAUAUUACUACUCUGCUUACUAGAUUUUGCUUAUGGGGUUGAUUUUUCUUCUUCUUAUUGGUAUGAACUUGUAAAUGAAUAAGAAAGCUGGGAGAAAUGAGAAAAUGGGUAGGAGGUAGUUAUGGUUGGGAUGGAGAUGGGGUUUCUUAAGGUCUCGUUCAUUGAGAUGACAAAUGAUGUAUAUAAGAAUUAAGAGAAGAGAACUACUGAAUCAUCAUCUGUUUUGCUUUCCCAGUAUUUGGGUACUUGAUGGUGGCAAAGCAAGUGUAAGUGCAGGGAUAUCAUAUCAAAAUGGUCAAUUUGCUGGGGUUUAGGGUAGUCAGAUCAAUGACUGAUGUUUUUAUUCCUUUCUUCGAAGGCUUUGUUUUCUUCAUGGUUUGCUUGCACUUCAUAGUAUUCAGACUGCAAAUUUCCUAGUAGAUUGAGCUGUUGGUUACCUCUGGUGCAGAAGUACCAUAAGAACUGCUUACUCUCUGUAGGAGAAAACAUCUGUAGCUGUAGGUCAUUUCUAAUGCCACAAUGUCAACUAAGCAGUUGGAGCAAGAUAUGAGAACAUAACUCUUAGUUGGCGUUAUUCUCGAUUUUGAUCCACUUGAUUUUGCAUUGUAACAGUGGUACAUGUUCAUUGCAUAAUAUAGAACGUAGUUCACAAAAGAUGAGAUACUUGCUGCAAUUGUUGACAGUGCAAUCACCAACGAGAUGGACAAUAGUGCAAUAAGCUGCUGUGAUUGUUGACAAUGUAAUCAACUGUAAAGCUCAAAAGUGGAGCUACGUGUAGUUCAGAAGGGUACAACGUCACUUAAUUUUGUAUCUAAGGUUGUGUAUUCAUAUUUCGAGAAAUCAUAGAAAGUUGUAGGAUGGGAGUUAUCAGUCCCUCUCCUCCAUUAGAGACUCAAUCGUCAAAAUCGAUUGUCAUUAGUUAUCUUCCACCCCUCCUCACUGUAAUUCCAAACUUCUGUCACUAGUAAUUACCCCUUGAUCAAACUCUUACUUGGCG